AUGACGACAGCCCAACGCUUACGCGGACAUGAGAUGGAUUGCAAGAGCGGAUCAUAUCCUGACAAGAAAGCUGUGGUCCCGGCUGCAAGCCUAGACCGCAGAGCCAUCCAACUGAUUCACCCUGAAUCUGCGACCAACCCGCCGCCAAAACACGCGUCACUCCUUCGUCUCUGCAUCCAGGCCAGUCGCAAAGGAAGUCCACGCGGACCUCUCAUUCGCCACACCAAUAAUCUACAAGACCGGUGUUGA